GAAUGGCUCUCCUCGGGUUAGGAUUUCUUUGGGGCCCGAGAGUUUCCACCGAUUCCCUUCGCCCCUUCGUCGUCUCUGCGAUCCUCGUAUCGAUUUCCCAAUUCUCGCUUUCCCUGGUGCCCAUUUUCUGUGAUUCCUCCUCGUUGUUCGUCAUGCUCCCCGUUUCAGCUCUUGUCUUGGUUGCUGUGGCUGUGAUCGGGGGAGUUCUAAAACGCCUUCUUCGGGUAUCGGCAUCGGCACCGGCACUGGUUUUCCUCAACAUUUUCUUCGUCUUUGGAGUUUACACGGUGUUUAUCAGGCAAGAAGUUUCUUUGCUGGUGAAUGCUGCUCUAUAUGCUGAAAGUGCAUUGCUUGUUUUUGGCCUCUAUAGCAUUCUUCGUGGAGAUCCAGGAUAUGUUGCAUAUGGUUCAGUUUUGCUAUCUAACGACCAAGACAGUCUAACUGAAAGUGGGUACACCACAGAGAAUUUAUGCUUACAGAUUAGGGUUAGGUAUUGUAAGAAGUGCAAGAAACAUAUAAAGGGAUUUGACCAUCAUUGUCCUGCAUUUGGAAAUUGCAUAGGCCUAAAGAAUCAUCGCUUAUUUAUUCUCCUCCUGAUUGGUUUUAUCCUUUCUGAGAUAUCAUUUAUAAAGUUUUCAUCUCAGUCUGUGUCAGAGGUCUACGCAGUGCCAAAAAGUAGAUUGGAGAUGGAUAUCUCCAGGAACUUGGUGAUAAGUACGAUGCUUUUUUCAAUUCUCCAAGUUCUGUGGCAGGUGAUAUUCCUGAUGUGGCAUGUGUAUUGUAUCUGUUUCAACAUUAAAACCGAUGAGUGGAUUAACUGGACAACGUACCCAGAGUUCCAUCGUACUUUACAAUCUCAAUCAGGGCAAUUUCCUCAAAUGGAGUUUCAGAACCCGUAUGACAAAGGCAUAUUACUGAAUAUUUUGGACUUCCUAAAAGGCUGUAGCUAAUAAAGAUAUAACAAAUCACAUCAAAAUGGUCCUGUCUUAGCAUAUAAUAAACGUGAUUUUGAUGGUACCAUUCUGAAUCCACAUGCAAGCCAACAUGGUAGCAUCUCUUUCAUCUUUCAAAUAGGCCAAAACGGCAGUUUGAGAUGGAGCACCAUGAACCUAUUGCAUGAAGCACGUCUCAGAUUCUCAGGAUUUUGUGAGGGAUAAGUUCUCUUCAACCAAGCCAUGUAGUGGAAGAUAUUGGUGCUCAACCCAGCAAUGGAUUUCUUGCAGAUAAAGCAGUGGACUGGCCUUUUUCCAUGAGAUAUUAGAUUUCUUGCAGAGAAGUUAUAGGUAAUUGCUAUUGAUGACUCAAAGCAGAACAACUAAGAAGUACCAGGUUGCCAAUAUCACAUUUCUGCCAUCUUUUCCCAUGCAUGCCAAGACUGCCAUUGCUAGGCAGUAGUUGUGAAUUUUCUGCACAAAAAUGCAUAGUUUACUCUCUUGAAAUGGAAAAUUCUGUACUUCAUAGUGGACCAGUUUAAGUGUUGGUUCGGUGCAAAGCUCCUGCUGAAACUUCAGGAAAUUGUAAAAAUCAGAGUUGCUGGUGACCUGUAAUGUCUCAGUCUGCAGACCAUAGAGCUUUGUUACAAAGCUGAAAUCACUGGAAAUCCAUUCAGAUGUUCUUCUCUCUGAUUACAUGUGCUUCAUUACUUCUGGCUUGCUCUGUGGAUAGCUAGAAUAAUGCUAUUUUCAAGGAUAUAUUUGUGCCCUUCAUAGGGCUUUGAAAGAGACCGCUCGACAACGUAUGCUGCUAUAUGCUUCUCUUUAACAUUAUCUAUUUUCCCAGUAUUUUACUUUUGGUUUCAA